UAAAUAAGACCCCAACGGGAACAAAGAACCCGUGGCAGGAGCAAGCUCCUUGGGCAGAAAUGUCUCCUGGGAAGAUGCCGCUGGUCCUCAUCCUCGGUGCCCUCAUUAGCAGCAUCACCUGUGAGUCACAAAGCAUCAAAUGGGAUGAGCCCCACCACCCAUGGAGACGGACACCUCGCAGCCAGGAUGUGAAAGUUGACCAUGAGGUGUUUGCCCAAAAAUUAGUGAAGACUCUGAUAGUUGAGAAUCCCAACGAGAAUGUUAUCUUCUCCCCCAUGAGCAUCUCCACCUCACUGGCCAUGAUGUCCGAGGGGACCAGCUCCUGGACACUCGUCAACCUGCUGCAAGUCCUAGGCUUUCACCUCAGCGAGCAUGAAGCGAGAGACGUGCACCAUUCCUUCAUGGUUUUCAUCCAGAGGCUGCACCAGCUGGAAAGGGAGGCUAUUUUGAGGCACAAGGACUUUCUCUUUAUCAACCACCACAGGAGGAUUCACCAGAAGUUCCUGGAGGAGAUUUGGAAGAUCUAUAAGGUGGAAGUGCAGAUGAUCAACUUUAGAGAUAAAGAAACAGCCAAGAAGGAAAUUGACCACACUGUGGCUCAAAAAGCCCAGGACAGACACUGUGAACUGAUUACCAUGCUGGACCCUGAAACCUUCUUGUUGCUAGUAAACUACAUUUCCAUGAAAGGCAUUUGGCAAGUAGCCUUUGACAGCAGACUCACUCACCAGGAGACGUUCUUCGUGAAUGAGCACCAGAAAGUGCAGGUGGACAUGAUGAGGAAGACAGAACAAAUGCUCUACAGCCGAUGGGACGACCUGCACGCCACGGUGGUGGAGCUGACUUACACAGAGGACCUGGCCGUUGUGCUGGUGCUUCCGGAUGAUGGGCACUUCCACUCCGUCCUGAGGAAGAUGGAUCUGAGGACAGACAGGACUCGUUACGCCAAGGACAUGAGAAUGGUGGAGUUAAUUUUGCCCAAGUUCAACAUCUUCUCCAAGAUAGACCUUAAAAAAGUGCUUCCCAAACUGGGCAUCAGAGACAUGGUUACUACAGAAGCAAACUUCUCAGGCAUCACAGAAGAGGUUUUCCCAGCUAUUAUUGAGGCCAUGCACCAAGCCAGGAUGGAAGUGAACGAGAAAGGCAUGAGAAUGGCCACCGAUUGUGCCAUGGACAUGGCAGAGGACCGCCUUCUGCACCAGUCAGCCGAGCCCCUGCGCCUGAAAUUCAACAAGCCCUUCCUCAUGUUUGUGGUGGAUAACAAGACGCAGACAGAGCUCGUUGUGGCCCGAGUCGUAAAUCCCAGAGCUGAGUAGAGGAGCCUGACUACCUGGGAAGGAAGUGAAUAAAAUUCACUACAGUGAA